ACGUAACAUCAGGUUCUCGUAUCAUAAUUGUUGGAUGUUACGCAGAUGCACAAUCAGACGGAGCCGAGGUUGUUUAUUUUAGAAAGGCUACAUGAGUGUUGUAUGUACCUUGACCUACCGGAGUGGAUAAAUACUGAGGUCAACAAACAACCCUGGCACAACAAGUGAUACUGAAUGCAACAUCUGCAACAAGUCACCAGGCCCUCGUAUUGAGUGAAUCCUACUGAAAUCGGCGAAGAAGUUCACACUCAACGCCAGAGCAGAAAACAGUCUCGAUUACCCGAAACAGAUUCCAUUGGACGUAAAUGGCAAACUAGAGGUGAAAAAUACAUGAAGAUCAAUUAAAACUCGGUGGUGAUUGCAGAUCUAAAAGAUCGUCUAAAAUUGUUGGUGUGAGUGAGGCUGGCAAGGAGCAAGAAGAAACCACGGUGACACUAGACUGCUGACAUGCCCCAUAGUGUAUGUCCUCUGGUCUUGUGGGCCAUCGUGCUGCUGGCGUGGCAUCUGUCUUCAUGUACAGCCGACCCAGAAGCGACGAACUUCACCUUCGUCGUGAGCAACUGGGAGACGCUGACUGCAGGCUGGGACAUCGUGGGGCACCAGCACCCAGAGGACAUAAACGUCUCCGUCAUCUGGACGGCAACAGGCGCGAAUUAUUGGUACUAUUGCUCCGAGAGCACACAUCGAUCCUGCUUCCUGGAUGAGUCAAACUUCAGGGGUUCCCCAAGAUACACAUUCAACAUAACACUGAGCACUCAAGAUGGCGCUUCUGUCAAAAGCAUGUCGAUGACGACAAGGGAUCAUGUGAAACCGGCACCUGUGGAGUCUCUGAACGUCACCCAUGUCACCAGUCGUUGUGUAGGGUUGGCGUGGAACAAAGACACAUGGGACAGAACUGUCACAUUCAGAGUGACGUACAGUACUUUCACCUCUACAAACACCACUGAAACAUCCGAGCAUACUAUAACGAUCUGCGGACUGACUCCAAACACGAGAUACAACUUGAGCGUCUCCGCCUCCGAUGCAUAUGGGCAUGGGUACCCGAGUGACCCGAGGACAGCGCUUGCCAACACAACAGAAGACCCAGAAGCGACGAACUUCACCUUCGUCGUGAGCAACUGGAAGACGCUGACUGCAGGCUGGGACAUCGUGGGGCACCAGCACCCAGAGGACAUAAACGUCUCCGUCAUCUGGACGGCAACAGGCGCGAAUCAUUGGUACUAUUGCUCCACGAGCACACAUCGAUCCUGCUUCCUGGAUGAGUUUGACUUCAGGGGUUCCACAAGCUACACAUUCAACAUAACACUGAGCACUCAAGAUGGCGCUUCUGUCAAAAGCAUGUCGAUGACGACAAGGGAUCAUGUGAAACCGGCACCUGUGGAGUCUCUGAAAGUCACCCAUGUCACCAGUCGUUGUGUAGGGUUGGCGUGGAACAAAGACACAUGGGACAGAACUGUCACAUUCAGAGUGACGUACAGUACUUUCACCUCUACAAACACCACUGAAACAUCCGAGCAUACUAUAACGAUCUGCGGACUGACUCCAAACACGAGAUACAACUUGAGCGUCUCCGCCUCCGAUGAAUAUGGGCAUGGGUACCCAAGUGACCCGAGGACAGCGCUUGCCAACACAACAGAAGACCCAGAAGCGACGAACUUCACCUUCGUCGUGAGCAACUGGAAGACGCUGACUGCAGGCUGGGACAUCGUGGGGCACCAGCACCCAGAGGACAUAAACGUCUCCGUCAUCUGGACGGCAACAGGCGCGAAUUAUUGGUACUAUUGCUCCACGAGCACACAUCGAUCCUGCUUCCUGGAUGAGUCAAACUUCAGGGGUUCCACAAGCUACAAAUUCAACAUAACACUGAGCACUCAAGAUGGCGCUUCUGUCAAAAGCAUGUCGAUGACGACAAGGGAUCAUGUGAAACCGGCACCUGUGGAGUCUCUGAAAGUCACCCAUGUCACUAGUCGUUGUGUAGGGUUGGCGUGGAACAAAGACAGAUGGGACAGACCUGUCACAUUCAGAGUGACGUACAGUACUUUCACCUCUACAAACACCACUGAAACAUCCGAGCAUACUAUAACGAUCUGCGGACUGACUCCAAACACGAGAUACAACUUGAGCGUCUCCGCCUCCGCUGGACAUGGGUACCCGAGUGACCCGAGGACAGCGCCUGCCAACACAACAGAAGAAGAGCCAGGGGCCGCACCCAACAUGACUGAUGCAAGCUUCACUGCACACAAGUGCGUCAAUAACACGAGGAGUGUUACCAUAUAUCUUAGGCCACCAGAUCAUACGACUCACAACGGCGUCCUGAGGAGGUAUAACGUUACAUAUGCGCGUGGCCUUAACAAUGCAGACAUUACCGAUUCAACAGUACUGCUCGAAGCCCUAGAUUGCAACGCUGACUACAACGUGUCUGUAUAUGCCGCCAAUGAUGUCGGAAUGUCUCCACCCUUCACACUACGUAUUCCUAAACUCGGUGACGUCCUACCACCGACGGAUGUUCUGGUUGCCUUUGACAACGAAUCAGUGAAUGUGUCCUGGAAAUCAGCGUCACAUGAAGAGAAGAACUGGACCAUAUCCUGGAAUAUAUUCUGUGUCUGGAAUCAUGACGUUCAGGAUUGUGAGAAUCAAGUAGACUGGAUCAAAAGCGACAAUAACGAAUCCUUUGUAAAGGUCCCUUUGAAAAUGUCUCCUGACAAGAUCCAAUUUGCUGUCUCCAUGACGACAGCAGAGGGGAGCAGCGGAAUGGUGCUGAGUAGUUGUGUAUACAACGUAUCAAAGUCACCCACGGACAAGCCAGUUGUCUCGUCUGUUAAAAGCCAGCCGAACCUGGGCCUGACUGUGAAAUGGUCCCCGAAGCGUUGCUACGAUGCCAUGCUGAUUACUGAGUACCGCAUAGAGUACUGCCACAACGCAAACUACGUUACUUGCGACACGACCAGCAUUACAAGUGAGAGUGACACUUAUGUCAUCCCCGGUCUACUGAAGGAUGUGACUUACAGAGUAAGGAUCCGACAGAGGACGGUCGCGGGACUAGAUGGAGUCUUUAGCGAUCCAGUGUACCUUAAAGUCAUUGACACAAGGUUUCCUGUUUCACUCAUUGGCUGGAUCACCAUCGGCUGUCUGAUAUUCCUGAUAGGUCUGGGAUACACCUUAGCACAGUGCAUCAAGAAAGCACAUCACACGUGGAAUGAGUAUGACGAAAUUUCCCUGCCGCAUUUUUACGUGAUCAGCGGUGUACAGGAAACGUCACCAUCCGCCGGAAAAAACACUGUUGUCAGUGGACAAGGCAGCCGUGGCCCCGAGGACGAUAGGGUUUCUCGUUACCAGUCUUUGGUCCCUAACUUUGUUUCCAAUCCUGGUCUGAAAAACGAGAAAAAGACCAAAGAAAACCCCCACGCAUCCCUUUCAGUUGAGUCACUGGAUACAGACUAUGCAAGGGUUAUCAUCGACGAUGACUCCAUGCCUGGACACCCAGUUCCAUCAUUUCAGUAUCAGCAGCCGACUGAUGAGGAUGUGUGGGCUGACUCGGCAGGAUCCAGUGAUGAAUCACUGCCUCCGUAUGUCACAGCGGGGACGAAGGACGGCGAAGACUAGAAGGAGGAAGAUGGGGAAAAGGGAGAUUGAGAAGGAGGAGGAGAAGGAGGAGGGGAAAUAGGGGAAAAGAAAAUUUAGAAGAGGAAUAAAAACGAGGGAAAGAUGGCAUGGGAUGAGGAAUGGCAGGAGAUUGGGAGUAGGAGAUGAGGAUGGCGAUGAGGAAAUAGAAACUAAGAGACAAAGAAGAAGGGUUGAGGAAAGGGAAUGGUAGGAUUGGGAGAAGAAGAAAGAAAAAAAUAGAGGAGGAAGAGGGAAUAGAAACAACGAAUCAGAGGAGAGGGAAUAGGGGACCAUGUCGAAAGAAAUACAAGAACCAUAGUUGAGGUCCUUUAAGGGUGACUAUGCUACUCGGUCUGCUGCCCAUUUGUCGGCCCAGAUCUCGACGUUGUCCUGAAUUCCCCGUGUGAAACUGAGGCACUGUGUAUAAUAUGUAUUAGGGUCACAGAUAGCUGCCAGGUCGGUCUAUAACACACAUGUUAAGAUAGCAGACACACAAUGUGGUGUAUGAGAGACAUCACUAGCUCGGAUUACCAAAUUAGUUUAUUGCCCCUUAACUAGUUCCAUUGAAUGUUUAUUUAACUUGUUGCAGUUUAUGUAUCUCUUGCUGUACUUAAAGUACCAUUGAACACGUAUAUACCCUGUCGUUAUUUGUACUAGUGUGGCGGAGUGUGAGCAUCUGUGACUUUAAGACAGUUCGCAAAAAAAAAUAUUAUCCUUUUUUUAGAUUUAGUUUUUUAAGUCACAAUUAGGUUUAGUUUUCUUUAAUUUGUCAUGUGACAUAUCAACACAGUAAUAAGACUUAAUUAUUGUUAAGUGACCAUAUGAUAUAUAAAACAGUGUUGUUCCCGAGAGUCAAAUUUUAGGUCGAAGGGAGACAACUCUCAGUUGAAAUAUGAGCUAUUCGCCUUCUGAGCUAUUCUGUUGGCUCUCUUUUCUUAUUUUUUUAAUUUUGUCUUUAUUAUUAUUUGGUUUACACAUAAUUUGGAAUGCACAAUUCUGUCAUAAAAUGCUUAGAUGUAGUUCAUGAUAUCAUUAACAAACCAAUGCGUAGCCAAUAUAACAUAUUUUUACUGAUUCAAUGAAUUGAUUCAGUGUAAAGUGUUCAUGUGGAAUCAAGUGAGUCAUGUGGUUAAAGCCUUCAUAAUAAUGAAUCUGUGAACUAAGCAUGUGACAGUUCAUAUUUUAGUUUCAUAUUUAGAUAUCAUAUUCACGACGGCAUAGUCCAUAUAUAUGUCUUCAUUUUCAUGAGACAUGACGUCAUGUUAUAUCAACUGAUAUCGGACGAUGAUAUACAAUAUAAAAUGACUUUGUUACCCUUACAUAAAUUCGCUUUGUUAUACUCUUUAUAUUUCAAAUAUACAUGUAUGCCAAUAUUACCCAUAGGAGCAAGAACAAAGGUGAAUAUGUUUUCAGUAAUUCUCACUGAGCAUUAUUUUUUUUCUUAAUGUUCCUUGGCUAGUUCGUUGCCAUAUUCCAUUGUUUCACUGUUUGCAAAGAGACCCAUAGAAACGUGACGUCAUAUCGCAUUGUCGCAAAUAACUGAAAAUGACGUCAUCCAGUGUUCAUGAUUUGAUGUAACGUCAACAGAGUCAUUGAACGGAUGUAUUAUCAGUGACAGUGACAAUAACAAGAAAAAGUGAACUUACUGAAGGAUAUCUUGAAAGAGAAAGAUAGUGAAUCAUGGUGUAAACAAGUGUGGGAUGAUGAGAACAAACCAAAUGGGAACAAGCUAAGGACUUUCAGUCUUUUCAUAUUUGAUGUGAAUGUGAGCCACUAUGUGAAAUGUGUGAAGCGAAGGGACUAUCGAAGUGUUUUAUCCAAGUUUAGGUGUGGUAACCUCCCUCUAUUAGUCGAAACAGGCCGCUAUUCCAAGCCACCUAUUCCUUUAAAUGAUAGAAUAUGUAAAUUUUGUGCAGAAAAAAAUAAUUAUGUUAUUGAGGAUGAAUCACACUUUUUAAUAUAUUGUUUUGUAUACAGUGACCUAGGAUAUCAACUACUACACAAGGCAGCUGAAUUAAAUCAAGACUUUUAUUAUUUUAAUAGCAUUCAGCAAUUAUCUUAUUUGAUGCAAGAAGUGAUUUUACAGACGCUUUUAGCAAGCACAUUAUACAGCAUGUAUAGAAGGAGAGUGCAUCUCUUCUAGUCUUAACAUUGUAUAUAAUAUUUUUAUUUUGUGUUUUAUAUUUAAUAAUGUUAUAUGUUUUAAAUGCUUUUAGAGUGUCUCAUAAGCCCUAGAGGCUGGAUAUUGUACUUUUAAUGGCAACUUGCUUUUGUUUAAAAUGUGUUUUAUGUACAAUAUGUGACACUUAAAUAAACAUUUCUUCUUC